CACACUAUACGAGUAUUCAGUGUUAUCAUUUGCUCUCAAGAUGAGGUUACUUGCAGUUUAUUUGUUAAUUUUGUUAUACUUUCAAUCUGCAGACCUGGCCGAUGACUGUACAAAAGCUAGGUUCACACCGGAGGAUGAAAACCAAACCUUAACUGAAUACAAAGAAUUCGUUAAGCUAUUAGAGGAAAAAACAUUUAACACAAUAUUAAAAAAUUUGGAUAGUUGUCCAACUUCUAAAUGUGAGGUAGAUCCGAAAUGCGAAGCUAUCUGGAUUGUCAGGGAUCGUUUGUACCAAAAGUUCAGCGCUUAUUUCAAGGAUGAGAAUGACCAGCAAAAACAAACUCUUGAUGGUUGUUUUUGUAACAGUGCAUCCCGUGAAGAACUCGACGAAUGUACAAAGAAAGUGCGUGGAAUGAUGACAAACUAUCUGAACGAUAAAACUGAUGGCUUUGAUAAGGAUCUAGCUCAGAUUAUUAAUGACAAUGAGUGUCGGUUAUUCAGUUCCUGUUGUAAGAAGCCCGAAAUGUAGAUACUAGUACAAUAUCAAUAUCAGACAACUGGAAAACCCAAAGGAGGCAUUAGAGAACAUAAUCUCCAACCAAGCUUUUUCAUUGACCGUCCCUAUAUGUUAUCCGUUUUUUUUUUAUAGUCUUGAAAUAAUAUCAUUGUGUUUCUCCCAAUAAUUGCGACACAAUGUCGACAAAACACAUUGUCCUACCUCUUUGUUAUCUGACUAUUACGAGUUUAUUUAUCAGCAAGAAACAAGUGCUUUCCUCAAGAGGUUACUUUUUGAAAACAGGAAAGUGGAACAACUAAUGGAAAGAGGAGGAAGUUCUAUUACUUUUCCAGGAAUUGCAUUCUUUAUUAAUGUCUCCAUGGAAGUAGGGAUAUUAAGAAGGAAUCUAUUAAUCGGUAAUUUUUUUUAUGAUCGACUUUUAUAAACGAUUUUCUUAAUCUCAAUAAUCGAUUUGUAGUGAAUCGAUAAUAGAGAUUACCCUUUAUCGAUUUUUCUAAACGGUGCCAUCCAAUAGAUAUGAUCAGGAAAACACGAAACCUUAUUUCAGGAAAAUGAUUACCAAAACUAUUAUUCCUAAGUUCCCUUACACCAGAUUUAUGGAAAGAAUUUUUAACAGUUAUUUUUCUUCGGGAUUAUUAGUAUUUUUAUUUCGAGGCCAUAGAGUUUAUGGUCAUUUUUAUACAUAUCGUUUAUUAUUCCCGUUAUAGUCAAAUGUUAAAUGGCGCUGAGACUAACGUUUGUGACAAUAAUUAAGUUUAGCUUUAAAGAAAGUUCAGUAUUACAUUCAGGUUUUUAAUGUUUCAAUUGUUG